AUGUUGUGGUGUCUUGUAGGUAGGGAGCGGAUCUGUGUGGUGUUGUGGCUGACUCAGGUUUGCAUUGAUGAAGGAGCAGUCGCGGAUCGGGUCAGAUGGUGGCAUGGGGCAACCGGUGGUGGAGUCAUCACAAGGCGGGGCUAUUGGUUGCCGCUGGUGGUAGCAGAUCUGCUCGCGAUGGAUGGAAUCAAAGACGAAGGGUGUUGGACGAGAUCGCGAUCCGGAUGGAUGAGGCAUCGCCGUGUGGAUCUUGAGGUGGCGAUGUGGAAGCACACAGUUCUGACAUCGACGGAUCCGCAUAUGAAUGCCACUGGAAAGGAUGACCGGAUCUUUUUCUUUCUUCUCUGUAUUUUCCUGCACAACAAUCAAACAAAGACUACAACACAACAAUUUUUUCAUAUUUUGUUUUGA